AUGGGAAAAUCAAAAUUAAAUAUUGAUUUAGUUCUUUCAACUGACGCGUUAAUAAUUGGCCGUCGUCUUAAUCAGAAAAAAAUAAUAAAUAAAAGAAUAUUGAAAAAACCUUUAUCGUAUAAAGAAAUUUUUUUUGAAUUUCUUUCGGAAACAACUUGUCAUGGACUACCUUUUGUUGGUAAUCGAAAGAUAAGUUAUUUUGAAAGAUUUUUUUUUAUUGCCGUUAUAAUUACUGUUUUAUGUAUCGCAUUUUCUUUUAUAAUUGAUGUCUAUCAUACGUGGAGUAAGACGCCAGUUGUUAUUCAAGUACAUAAUAAUGCCACUGAAGUAACAGAAUUCCCGUUCCCAGCUAUAACAGUUUGCAAUAAAAAUCAGGCACUAAAAAGUAAAGUUAAGGAUAUGAAAAAUGACACAGUAGAAUUUGGAAUCUUGCAAAUGUUAUGUACAAGAUAUGGAGAAAUAGAUUUUAAAAAAAUUAAUUACGAAUCACCAUCGAAUGACAACAUCAAAAUAUUUAAUGAUACUAUAAUGAAGAUCGCACAACCGUGUGACCGUUUAAUUGUCCAGUGUUCUCAAAGUAGUGGUAAUGUAGAAUGCAAUAAAUUGUUUAAACCGGUUAUAACUGACGAAGGAUUAUGUUGUACAUAUAAUUCACUACAUCCGAAAUUUAUGCUUCAAAAUUAUAGGGAUACUUCAGAUAGUACCAUACCUAAACUUGAUAAAAUUAUGCCAAUAGAUUGGAGCACAGAAACUGGUUAUCCUGAUGAUUUACCUAAAAAAUUUUAUCCUGAACGCAUUGCAGGUGCUGGAAUUUAUAAUGGUUUAACAAUUACACUUGAUGCUGAAGUUGAUGAAUAUUAUUGUUCUUCCACCGACGGUUCUGGUGUAAAAUUCAAUGUUCAUUCACCAGCGGAAACAUCAUCAAUUAGGGAAAUUGGUUUUACAAUUGGAACAAGAGUUGAUCUGCGGGUUAAGUUAGCACCAAGUUAUACUGUAACUGCUGAAAAUGUUAGGAAUAUUGAUCCUAAUGUAAGAGGCUGUUUGUAUAAUAAUGAUGUCAAUUUAACUUAUUUUAGAACAUAUACAACAAAAAAUGCUCAAACUGAAUGCUUGUCAUCAAAGUUUUAUAAGGUUUGUGGUUGUGUUCCGUUUUAUGUUCCAAGAGUAAGUUCUCAUAUAACAUAUUGUGAACUUAAAGAAAUGCGUUGCAUAUACGACUUCUUAAAUGAUCCAUCUUAUGAUAACGAUGAACUUGAAUGUUAUAAUUUUAUGCCAGGCUGUUUUGAUUUAAAUUAUAUAGCAACACUUUAUUCUGCAGAAAUAUAUCAUACCAGCGAUAAUUUUUCAACAAAAACUGGUGGACUGGUCUCACUUUUUCUUGGAAUGAGUUCGAUCACAUUUGUGGAAAUAUUUUACUUUUUCAUUUUGAAAUACUUUUUUGCAAAGUUGAGAGAACGUAGACAAAAAAAAACAAUUGGACCUAAAUGUUAG